AUGGAAAUCGAUCAAACAUGCUCUCAACAUCCUAAAUAAAAAAUCGGCUGGGUUUGCUUAGAGAAGCAGUGCAUGCAACGAGUAAUGUGUUCACCUUGUGCAGUUAAGCAUCAUGAAAAAUCGCAUAAAUUAGAAGAACUUUCAAAUUUAUUAGAUAAUGGAGUUUUAUAAAUGUAUUAAAGCAACAGCAAAAAUGUAAGUCCUGGUCUUAAAUAUUUGAUUAAUGGCGAACCUGAAUUAAUCCAAGAGGAAAAUAGAUGCGGAAAUGAAAAUAACUAUUUUUAAAGUGUGAUAGAGAGAAAUCUCGGUGGAGUGCAAAAGAAAAUGGAUGCAUUUAAAAAAGAGUUUUAGGAUAAAUAAAAGGAGAUUAAAUAAAGUAAUUAAGAAGAGAGAAAUGAGAUCAUUACUACUUUAGAAUAAUUCAAUGAAAAAAUAAAAGUCUCAGAAGAUGUUGGAAAUGAUAUUGAAGAAGCUUUUAAAAAGAUCUAAUCAUAUGUCAACCAUAAAGAAUACGAAUUCAAAAAUAAUAAAGAAGGAGAGAUUGUAAAUAAAAAGUAAAAAUUUUGCAAUAUAAAAUUUAGAAUUUACCUUCUUAAUUUAAUGAAGGAUAACUUCGUGAAAAUGAUAAAAACUUAUUUUAGUAAUGCUUUUACAAUAGAAUUUUGUAAGCUAUUCGAUAUGCAAAUGGAAACAUUAAAUUCGAAAGAAGUUCAAGAUGUGAAUGGAUUUUUAGAUUAUGUGGACAGUAAAUGGAAAUAAGAUUAUAAAAACCUUUAAACAUCCAUAGAAAAAUUCGUUUAAAAAUUGCAUGAGGGCCUCAAAUAUAUUAUUCAAUUGCCUUUACAAGAGGAGAAAACCUUAAAGUAAUAAAUUGUUGUUCCAUAAUUUACUUCUCCAUCAAGAAAUCCUGUUUAGUUUCAAUAAUAGCCUUAAUUUGUUCCAUUAACACCUUACAAUCAAGUACCUCCUCAAUAUCAGUUCCAUUCAUAAGUGCAAUUGACUGGUUAAAGGAUAUAUCCGAAUUAAAACUAAUUCAACUCUGCUCAAGUGCCAUUAGCUGAUGUAGAAAACGAUUAUUUUGCAUAAUCAUAAAUAAUUUAUGAAGAGCCUUAGACGCGGAAUAAUACAAGACCUGAUUUUGUUAGUUAGAGUUUAUAAUAAUAUAAAUGA